GUGUAGGGGGACAGGUACUGGGACAGGCCGUCCAACUUGGGGGACACAGCAGUACCCACCAGUCCGUUCAGUCUCCAGCCCAGGCGACUGCAGCCAGGAUGGGCCGGAAGGUGACCGUGGCUACCUGCGCGCUCAACCAGUGGGCCUUGGACUUUGAGGGCAAUUGUCGAAGGAUCUUAAAGAGUAUCAAAAUCGCCAAAAGCAGAGGAGCAAAGUAUAGGCUUGGACCAGAACUGGAAAUAUGUGGCUAUGGAUGCUGGGAUCAUUAUCACGAGUCAGACACCCUACUGCAUUCAUUUCAUGUCCUGGCGAAACUUCUCGGCUCUUCGAUCACCCAGAAUAUCAUCUGUGAUGUGGGCAUGCCUGUCAUGCACCGGAAUGUCCGCUACAACUGUCGAGUGAUCUUUCUCAACAGGAAGAUACUGCUCAUCAGACCCAAGAUGGCUUUGGCCAAUGAAGGCAACUACCAUGAGCUGCGCUGGUUCACCCCAUGGUCCAGGAGCCGGCAAACUGAAGAGUACUUCCUCCCUAGGAUGUUACAGGAACUGACAAAUCAGGAGACUGUGCCCUUCGGAGAUGCCGUGCUGGCCACUCUUGACACCUGUAUUGGGAGCGAGAUCUGUGAAGAGCUGUGGACGCCGUACAGCCCACAUGUCGACAUGGGCCUGGACGGUGUGGAGAUCAUCACCAACGCCUCAAGCAGCCACCACGUGCUACGCAAAGCCCACGCCAGGGUGGAUCUGGUGACCAUGGCCACCACCAAGAACGGUGGGAUCUACCUGCUGGCCAACCAGAAGGGCUGUGACGGUGACCGUCUCUACUACGACGGUUGUGCUAUGAUCGCCAUGAAUGGAAGAAUCUUUGCCCAGGGCACCCAGUUCUCACUGGAGGAUGUGGAAGUCCUGACUGCCACACUAGACUUGGAAGAUGUCCGGAGCUACAGGGCAGAGAUUUCAUCUCGAAACUUGGCAGCCAGCAAAGUGAACCCAUACCCACGUGUGAAAGUGAACUUUGCCCUCUCAUGCUGCGAUGAUUUGCAGGAGCUUGUGUCAGAGCUUGUGUCAGAGCCUGUGGAGUGGACGUACCACACACCAGAGGAGGAGAUAAGCCUUGGACCUGCCUGCUGGCUCUGGGACUUCUUACGACGAAGCCGACAGGCUGGGUUUUUCCUGCCCCUGAGUGGUGGUGUGGACAGCGCAGCCACGGCCUGCCUCGUCUUCUCCAUGUGCCACCUGGUCUGCGAGGCUGUGAGAAACGGAACUCUGGUGGUUUCAGACGAGCAGGUGCUGGCUGAUGUCCGGGCCCUCGUGGAUGAGAGCAGCUACACUCCCCAGGAUCCCCGGGAACUUUGUGGACGCCUCCUCACCACCUGCUACAUGGCUAGUGAGAACUCCUCCCUGGAAACAGGCUGCCGGGCCACGGAGCUGACUCAGCAAAUCGGAAGCUACCACGUCAGCCUCAGUAUCGACCCGGCCGUGAAGGCCGUCAUGGGCAUCUUCAGCCUGGUGACAGGGAAACGGCCUCUGUUUGCAGCACACGGAGGGAGCAGCAGGGAGAACUUGGCAUUGCAGAAUGUGCAGGCACGGAUCAGGAUGGUCCUCGCUUACCUGUUUGCUCAACUCAGCCUCUGGUCCCGGGGUGCCCGUGGGGGCCUGCUCGUGCUCGGAUCUGCUAACGUGGAUGAGAGUCUCCUCGGCUACCUGACCAAGUAUGACUGCUCCAGUGCUGACAUCAACCCCAUAGGCGGCAUUAGCAAGACGGACCUGAGAGCCUUCGUCCAGUUCUGUGUGGACCGCUUCCAGCUUCCUGCCUUGCGGGCCAUCCUGUCAGCGCCGGCCACCGCAGAGCUGGAGCCCUUGGCCAACGGACAGUUAUCCCAGACAGAUGAGGAAGACAUGGGGAUGACGUACGCAGAGCUCUCAAUCUUUGGAAGACUCCGGAAAAUAGCCAAGACAGGGCCCUACAGCAUGUUCUGCAAACUCCUCAACAUGUGGAAAGAUAUCUAUACCCCCAGACAGGUGGCUGAGAAGGUGAGGCGAUUUUUCUCAAAGUACUCCAUGAACAGACACAAGAUGACCACACUCACGCCUGCUUAUCAUGCUGAAAACUACAGUCCCGAUGACAACAGGUUUGACCUGCGGCCCUUUCUGUAUAACACAGAGUGGCCCUGGCAGUUCCGAUGCAUAGAGCAUCAGGUUGCAGGCCUCGAGAACAGAGCGCAGCCCAGCCCACAGGACCCGGAAGUAUAGGAGUUGCCCACGUGGAGGCCCCUUCCCGACGACCCCUCCUGAGGCUUCUGAGUCACCGGUGUCCAGUGAUGGAGGCCCUGCCACUCCAACCUCACAGCGAAUCCAUCAAAGUUUCGUUUUACCUUUCAUGGGAGAGAGAUGUUUUCAUCCUGAUUCCUUAAAAAGAAGUAAAACUAACACUCCCAGCCCGUGGGAGGCAGAGGUAGGAGGAUCACUGUGAGUUCUAGGCCAGCCUGGGACUACACAAUUAUUUCCAGGUCAGCUUGGGCUACAGUGAAACCCUACCAGGAGGAUAAAAAAAAAAAGAAUUAAAAAUAGAGAGAACUUUCUCUUUAACACAGUUUCAAAGUGCUGCUUUCCCACAUCUGGGGUCAGGAAGAUCUCCCAUGUGAGGGCCAAACAAGGGCAAUGGCUUCCCCCCAGGGAGGACUGUCCUGUGUAGAAACAGGCAAGAAGCUCUCCCCUCUCCACCAGUCCUAACUUCCUGUCACGGGUUCCAGAAGUUUCCUGGACAGUCCCUGAAGAGCUUCCUUGCUGGGGGUUGUGGCAGCCAGCCCUCCUGACUUUGUCCUGUGGGGACCCACCUGUGGGGGGCAGCUGGGGGCCGGGGACUGCUCCUGGCAGCCCCUCCUCUGCCUGGAGUGGACUGCAAGGAUGCCCUCUGCCCAGUGGCAGCUCUAUCUCUGCUGGCUCAUAGACCUGCCCCCUUCCUGCCAGGCUUUGCCC